UUUCAGCUUUCCUCUUUAAGUUUUCAUUAAAAAUGACCUUCCUACAUAUCCUCCCCUUUCUUUAUUUGGCAAUGGUUGUGAGCCAUGCAGCAGUGGCUCCUGAAACAUACUGGAAAUCUGUGUUGCCAAACACUCCCAUGCCCAAAGCUGUCACGGAUCUUCUGCAUGCUGAUAAGAGCACGGAUAUCAAUAUAGGUGUUGGCAAGGGCGGUGUAUCUGUUCAUGCUCCAGGCACGAACAUUGGUGUUGGUGGUGGUGGUGGCGUGUCGGUUCAUGCCCCUGGUACGAACGUUGGUGUUGGUAAAGGUGGUGGUGUAUCUGUUAAUACCCCUGGCACCAGUGUUGGUGUUGGCAAAGGCGGCGUCUCUGUACAUGCACCUGGCACCAACGUUGGUGUUGGAAAAGGCGGUGCAUCCGUUCAUGCACCUGGCACCAACGUUGGUGUUGGAAAAGGCGGUGCGUCCAUUCAUGCACCUGGCACCAAUGUUGGUGUUGGUAAACCCGGCACCAGUUUGGGUGUUAGCAAAGAUGGCGUAUCUGUGAACGCACCUGGCACCCACGUUAGUGUUGGCGGCAAAGGUGGGGACGUGACUGUUCAUGCUCCAAAACCAAAAGGGGAUUGUGAAAAGAUAACCAUUGGUGACGGAAGUGUUAUUAUACGUUGUCAUCACGAGAAAGGGCACACACACGUUCACGUAGAUCCAUUUUCCUACAACUACGCUGCUACGGACGAUCAACUCAAAGAUGACCCAAAUGUGGCGCUUUUCUUCUUGGAAAAUGAUAUGCAUCAUGGCAACGCAAUGAGCUUACAUUUCACCAGAACCAAUACUCCAUCAGUAACUUUCUUACCUCGUAAAGUUGCUGACAAAAUACCUUUUUCAUCAAAAGAUCUCCCUGAACUAUACACUCGUUUUUCCAUCAAACCUGACACGAUAGAAUCUGAAUCAAUGAAGAAAACGAUCAAUGAAUGUGAAGAUAAGGGCCUGGAAGGCGAGAAGAAAUAUUGCGCUACUUCACUAGAAGCUAUGGUAGAUUUCAGCACAUCUGAGUUGGGUAAGAAGGUUAAGGUGGUGUCAACAGAAGUGCGUGCUAGAAAACCUACUCCAAUGCAGAAAUACACCAUCGAAGGAGCUAAGAAACUGGCAGCAGAUAGAGCUGUGGUUUGCCACAAACAAAAGUACCCGUAUGCAGUUUUCUAUUGUCACAAGACCACCACCACCAAAGCAUACACAGUAUCUUUGGUGGGAGAAGACGGUACAAGAGCUAAAGCAGUUGGAGUGUGCCAUACAGACACUGCAAAAUGGAACCCUAAACAUCUUGCCUUUAGGGUUCUGAAAGUUAAACCGGGUACUUCUCCAGUUUGUCAUUUCUUACCAGAAGAUCAUCUAGUUUGGGUACCUUACUAAAACAUAUAUAUGUAUUAAUUAUUGUCAUAUCAUAGAGCUAGAGAAUAAUGCCCAUUUGGUGUGAUUUGUAUUAGAGGGGGCUUGUAAUUUACACAUAUUGGAGAUGCCAUUGAUGUACACUAUUAUGAGAUUGU